AUUCAGUACAUUAUUAUAAUUAACUGACUGUCUGUCAAUACCGACUUCCAAUAUGAAGGCUGUGCUACUUUUUGUCUUUGGAGUUUCCGCUCUGCAGAGUGCCUUCGCCCAAUGCAUUGCCUCUGCGCCUGUGAUUGCUCCGGUCUGCCAACCAAACAACGUUGGUGUAAAACUAGCCGACACCCUGUCUUUACUCACCGUAUCCAGCCUCCUUGCUGAGAAGUUACCCUUCGACUACCCCUGUGGCUGUACCCCUUAUGUACCCCCUUGUAACACCCCUUGUGGCCCCUAUUUCCCCACUUACGCCCCUAUUGAGAUCGCGCCGAUUGUGAAUACUUGUGGUUGCGGCUACAAUGGUUACAAUUACCCCUACAACGCUUACGUCUUAUAAAACGUUUAAACGUUGUAAAACCAAACGGUUUAUAAAAGUAAACUGUUGAUUUUGGUCAAUACAGAAAUAGAUAAAUGUUUAUUGACCUUUUAAAUACUAAAACUACAUUGGGAAAUUAAUUAUUGGAAGAAAUAUUAUCUUGGUCAAAAGGUUUUGUCAAGUAUUUGGACUUGUUUAUUUCAAAAAACGGCGAUACAGCUCUUGAAGAAAUCUUUCCUCUUCUCAGCGUCCCCAGCCUUGUUUCUGAGAAGCUACCCUUCGACUACCCCUGUGGCUGUACCCCUUAUGUACCCCCUUGUAACACCCCCUGUGGCCCUUACUUACCCACUUACGCCUCUAUAAUCACGCCGAUUGUGAAUACUUGUGGUUGCGGCUACAAUGGUUACAAUUACCCCUACAACGCUUACGUCUUAUAAAACGGUUAAACGUUGUAAAACCAAACGGUUUAUAAAAGUAAACUGUUGAUUUUGGUCAAUACAGAAAUAGAUAAAUGUUUAUAUCUAUCUGUUCAUAUCUUUUAAAUACUAAAACUACAUUGGGAAAUUAAUUAUUGGAAGAAAUAUUAUCUGGUGAAAAGGUUUUGUCUAAUAUUUGGACUUGUUUAUUUCAAAAGACGGUGAUACAGCUCUUGAAGAAAUCUUUCCUCUUCUCACCGUCCCCAGCCUUGUUUCUGAGAAGCUACCCUUCGACUACCCCUGUGGCUGUACCCCUUAUGUACCCCCUUGUAACACCCCCUGUGGCCCCUAUUUCCCCACUUACUCCCCUAUUGAGAUCGCGCCGAUUGUGAAUACUUGUGGUUGCGGCUACAAUGGUUACAAUUACCCCUACAACGCUUACGUUUUAAAACCAAACGGUUUAUUCUAAGAAAUU